AAGAAUCUCAAAGUGAAGAAAUGCAGUCGAAGAUACAUUAAGAUCUCUUCAUCGUUUUCAGUCGCUAACGAGUUCUCAGUUAACGCUGAUCACAAUUGCGGUCUGCACAUCUCACGUUAAUUAAAAGGCUCGCGAAUAUAUUAAUGUAAUUAUCCUAUGAAGAGAAAUAUUCCCUCGCUGGAAGAGAAAGAGAGAGAAAGAAGAAAAUCGAUUAUACUAUACGGACGCCUCGACCUAUUUAUAAAAUAAUCUGGAUUUGUUACGACGAGAAGAAAUCUUUCAAUGGAAUAACGAAUGUUCAACGCGCUUUUUCGGAUAUAAAUUUCCGAGAUUAGGAUAUUUGUGAGACUUAAACACGUGAAUUGAAAAAAACGUGAUAGAUAUUCUUUAGGAUUUCUCGAGGCAAUAUCUCAAACAUCGCAUCCGUAUUUUUUGAAUUUGCAAUUAACAAGACAAUAGAUUAGACACUUGUUAUUGUCAUAUAAAAAUCGAAGAUAGACAAUCUCUGCAAAUAAAUUAUCUGCCCAAUUAUUCGCGAAACUCUUUCGUCUUUUAAACAGUCAGUGUGCAAGCAGUCCAUAAAUGUUGAUGAGAUUUAAAGUAUUUCGCGAUAUAAUAUCGAGGUAAUUAUCGAAUAUAUAAUUACUUAUUAAGGAUUAUAAAAAGGUACAAAGUAUUGAACCGUGAAAGAAAGUGCAAGAAGAGAAGUGGUAUCUGUAAAAAAAUAAAAAGGAUUGAUGCAGUAUUCUAAAAUUAUAAAAUCAUGUUUUUGUGCUCAACAACCGAAAAAUAUUACUGCAUAAAUUAAUUGUCAGGUUAUUCGAUUUAUUAAAAUUAUUGUUAUAUUAUUAAUUAUUUAAUAAUCGAGAAAUAAGUGCAUUGAAGAAAAAAGAUUACCAUGACAAAUAUAAUAGACAUUAAUAACGAAAGUAGACAAACGGAUUUUAAUGAUGCGAAUAGAAAAACAGACAUUAAUAACACUGAGUCAAUAAACGUUAAUGAUAUCGUAAAUAGACAAAUGAACGUUAACAAUAUAAAUGAACAUAUAUCGACAUGUAUCGACAAGAUUACACAUAAGAUGGAACCUAGCAUUAUUGAAGAGAAAAAAUGGGAACGAAAUGGAAUAAUUUAUCAAGUAUUAAUGUGCUUAUUUGCCAAUAUCGUUUCACUGGGUUCAGCGAUGAGUUUUGGUUACAGUGCCGUGGCAGAACCCGUGAUGACAGCUCCAAAAACCGAUGAUUUACAACUCGACGCUGUUCAGGCAAAUUGGAUGGCUACUGCAACUGCGUUGAGUGUACCCUUCGGUUGUUUAAUCUCGAGCUAUGUGAUGAGACGAGGAAGAAAAAUCAGCAUGUUCGUGACGUCAUUAAUUUCACUGGCGGGUUGGGUGACCAUUUACAUGUCGAACAGCUACGAGCAGAUUCUUGUGGGGAGAACGAUUUCCGGUGUAUCUACGGGCAUGGCAGCUGUUCCGACGACGGUAUACGUAGCGGAAAUAGCGGAAACCAAGUGGCGAGGUAGGAUGGUCACAUGGACCAGCAGCUUUUUCGCUCUCGGUAUUCUCGUCGUAUAUGUCAUUGGAUACAUUUUCAAGGACAACUGGCGCUUAAUGGCCUUGAUGUGCGCUUUAUUCCCAGUAGUGGCGAUUGCUGUGACUUUACUAGUGAUACCUGAGACACCGAUAUGGCUGCGGGAUCAAAAUCGACACGAGGAAGCGCUGGAGAUCAUGAAAAAGUUCCGCGGCAUACCAAAGGACCAACCGGCUCCGGCGGAACUUUUGCUCGAAUUGAAGCCGCGGCAACAGAAGAAGAAUCAGAAUCUGCUAAAACACCUGAUGAAGAGGAGUUCUCUGGUGCCAUUUGUCAUAAUGCUUAGCUACUUCUUCUUUCAGCAAUUCUCCGGUACCUUCGUUGUCAUCUACAAUGCUGUCGCGAUUAUGGAUAAAUCUGGAGUCCAGGUAGAUCCUUACAUCGGCGCUAUCCUAAUAGGUGUCGCGCGUUUCAUAGCCAGUCUUCUAACGGCCGAGAUGUCCCGAAAAUUUGGUCAACGAAUCUCGUCGGUAAUUUCCGGCAUCGGGAUGACGAUUUUCAUGGGCGGCUUAUCACUCUAUCUCUUUCUGGCAGAGAACGGAACUGUUAUAUCAGAUAAAGGGAUGAUCCCAGCAGCAUGUAUGAUGCUGUAUAUCUUCACGAGUACUUUGGGUUACAUGAUAAUUCCGUUUGCUAUGGUGGGCGAAAUAUUUCCGUCCAAAGUCAAGGACAUACUGUCCGGCCUAACAGUUGCUAUAGGUUACGUCUUUAGUGCAAUAACCAUUAAGAUAUAUCCAGAUAUGCUAAAAUUGAUGAACAUGCACGGCUUAUUUCUCUUCUUCGCGAUUAUCUCUUUCGUCGGCGUAAUAUUUAUCGUGUUAUUCUUACCCGAGACAAAAGGAAAGAGUCUGCGCGAAAUCGAGGAUAUGUUUUCCAAGAAGAAGGUCUUUGAAUUAUCGGCGGAAGAAGCAGACGAAGAAAGCACUUCAAACGCUAUCAGUCUAUUAAGAAAUUAAAAAAAAAUUGCUUAUAUAUGUUAAGAAAUAAAGCGUGAAUCGCAAUUAAUAAUAAAUAUUUGAAAGAAGAAGAGAUUAGAUCGCACAAUGUUGUGCGGAUGAAACAAACGUCAUUUUGUGAUGCUUCGAGGUGCAAUAAUUUUUAAAAGAUAUAAUUAAAGUAAUAAAAUAACUCAAUUUUUAAUUUAAAUACGAGAUGUCUUUUUAAUAUGUUAUAUAGUUGUAAAGACUUAAGGAAAUUAGAAAAUGCAGAGAUAUAUCAAUGUUUACAAAGAGAAAACUUAUUGCGAGAAAACUUAUUAUCUCGAUAAAGAUUUUCAGAAUGAUGACGUAAAUAGUGUUAUAUAUUAAAACUUAAUACUAAUGUGUUUGUAAUAUGUAAAAAUCCUCGCAUUAAUUGAAUAGAAAAUGGCUUUCCAUCGAAUUAUCUGAAUUUUCUAUGUUUUUGAUUAAAACAUUCUGAUCAAAAGUUUCAAUGGACACAACUUUUGAAAAUGUGCAAUUUCGGCGCUAUUGAUCUUAUAACGUUGCCUUUGUACGUAUGCGACUAAUGAUACAAGAGAGAUUUCCUUAUACUUACAAAAUAAAUUAAAUGUUUAUAUAUUUAAUAUAUGUAGAUUCUUAACAUACACACUCCCACAUGCAUAAAUAACACAUUUAUAUAGGAUGGGGUAAUAACUAUUACCACCUUAAAUAUCUCCGAAUCUAUAAGGUUUAGAGAAAAAUUUGCAACCAAAAUUGCACGGUACAAGGAGGAGCUAUGAUAGGCGAUAAUAAUUUUUAUCCAGGAGGAGACGUUUCGGAGAUUUUAAAGUUAUCUUCAUUUUUUUUAAUGGAAUCAUCCUAAUUUUUUUAUA